GUGACAAAAAAAUAUAUAAAAGUCAACAAUGUCUGGUACAAGAUUUUGUAAGAUCUUACAAGAUCAUAUGAAUUCUUGUCAUAAGGUCUUACAAGACCUUGUCACUUCUCAUAACCAGAUCUUGAGGAUCUUAUAACAAGAAGUUACAAGAUAAUAGACUUACAUAAUAAGAUCUUGUAUGAUCAUAUCGUAAGACCUUAUUACAAGAUUUUCACAAGAAAACAUCAGAUCUUGCAAGGUCUUACAAGACGUGUUUCACCUGAGUAACCACUCACUAUAUCUUUUCUACACAAUCUCAGAACCCGUGUUUUCUAAAAAAGAUUUAAUCUUCUGGGGUGUAAGAAGAAAAGAUUAUUGCCCAAGUCUAAAGCCUAUAAGUAAUAAGUGUAUAAAGCCACUUAUUUUUUAUGGACCACACGGUAUGUUUAUUUCACACGGUAAAAGCAAAGGAAUUGAAAUAACACCCAUACAAUACCAGUCAACGGUUUUCUCUUCAUUUAUGUGUUUAUUCGAAAAGGUUAGAAAAAUCAAAUUAGGCGAUGAUAUGUAACAGUUAAAGCUAUUCUAUUGUGUAUUUGUUUUUCGAUAAGAUAACUAUUUGUACUAGUAUAAGACGGACUUUUUUCUCAGCCAUUUAGACGUGGACGCAAUUAAGGAAAAAUGGGGAUAGUAGAACCGCCUGAUCAGUAAAAAAAAACAAUAAAUAGAAAAUUGUCAGUCUAAGACAAUUGAUUGUUUUUUAGAGAACUGUCAUUAUCAAGCUAAAAUGUUUAAAGUAUUCAAACGAAUAUUGUGGAAGGAUUUUUGCUUAAAAAUUACGUCUUCAAACUUUAUUUUCUGACUUCUAUUCUUGCAUUAAUAUGGGAGAUAAUCAGGCUUGUUAUUCAAAUGCGCUAACUACAUUAUGCUAGUUUUGGAUGAAUAUGAAGUCAAAGAUUCAUAAACACGCUCUCAGUUUAAAAUUGUGGUAAAACCUUCUGAUUUAUGAGUAGUCAGAUUAGAAAUGACAAAGUAUUCAUCAAAAUUUUACAUUUUUACUCAAUCAUGGUUGCAGUUUAUCUUUUCUGCUUCUUUUUUUGCCACUUUAAACAUGCGGUGACUCGAAAAGUAAAGCAACGAAAUGAUUAGAUUAGUCAUGUUUGUAUAUUUCACUCGAGUCAUCGUUAUACUCUGUUUUCAUUUCUCUUUAUAACAAUUUUAAUGUAAUGUGCAUUCUAUAGCUUAGAAAAAUGAACUAUUUAUCGCGAUUAAUUUUACUGCUAAUUUUUGUUCAUUUUUCGUCAUCCAUCAGAUUGAGACGAACAUUUCCUAUCCCAAAACGUCAUUCAAUUCGUGAUGAUCCUCGAUGUACAGUAUUUCAAACAUUUACACAAAAUGUUGAUCAUUUUGGAUUUUCCAAUACGGAUAUAUUUGAACAACGAUACAUUUUAAAUAAAGAUUUUUGGACUAGUGGUUCACCAAUAUUUUUCUAUGCUGGAAAUGAGGGAGACAUAGAUUUGUUUUGUCAGAAUACUGGUUUUAUGUGGGAUAUUGCUCCGUCCUUUCAUGCCAUGGUGGUGUUUGCUGAACACCGUUAUUAUGGUAAAAGUUUACCGUAUGGAAAUGAUUCUUAUUCAAAACCGGAAUAUACAAGAUAUUUAACUAGUGAACAAGCUCUUGCUGAUUUUGUUUAUUUAAUCGAAGACAUUCGCCGAGAUGUUAGAGGAGCAGAACAAUCACAAGUGAUAGUUUUUGGCGGAUCAUACGGUGGCAUGCUUGCAGCUUAUGCACGUAUAAAAUAUCCACAUAUUUUUCUUGCUGCUCAUGCCGCGUCUGCACCCAUUCUACAGUUUUCGACAAGAUGUGAAGCAUUUUCGCAAAUUGUUACCAAUGAUUUUCUACGGGAAAGUACAUCUUGCGUUGAAAUCGUUCGUCAGUCAUGGUCAUCCAUCAAUCGUCUAGCACAGUCAUCAUUACAAACGUUAACUGAUUUAUUCCAUUUAUGCGAUCCACUAAACAAUGUUGAUGAAUUGAAAAAUUGGCUGUUGGAUAUGUACGGAAAUUUUGCAAUGGUUGAUUAUCCCUAUGAAACAUCAUUUUUAAGCGAUUUACCAGCAUAUCCAGUUCGUGUAUUUUGUGCGAAUGUCACACAAGCAUCGUUUAAAGAAAAUGACGACACUGACAUCGUUAAACGUAUUGUUACAGGCGUGAAUGUCUAUUUUAAUUAUACAGGCACAACAAAAUGUUUUGACAUCGGAUCUCAAGGUACACCUAGUUUAGGCGAUCUUGGUUGGGGUUACCAAGCAUGCACUGAAAUGGCAAUGCCCAUGUGUUCCGAUGGUCAAAAUGAUAUGUUCGAACCGAUGGCAUGGAAUUUUCAAAAUUAUUCGGAUGAUUGUUAUAAACAGUGGCAAAUACGACCACGUGCUGAAUGGGCAUAUAUUGAGUAUGGUGGUAAAAAUGUGAGCUCAUUAAAGUCACAUUCAAAUAUCAUUUUUACAAACGGAAAUCUGGAUCCAUGGUCAAGCGGUGGUGUAUUGACACCAAUCAGCGACCAAUUACCCAGUCUAAUUAUUGACGGAGGAGCACAUCAUCUAGAUCUUCGUUCAGCUAAUGUCAAUGAUCCACCAAGCGUAGUAAAAACAAGGCAGACAAUUGUGGCUCUAAUUGAAAAAUAUCUUUCCGAAGCAGUAACAGAAAUGUAA